UCUCACCAUUUGUGUUGCUGUUUCUGAGAAUGAGCAGGAGUGACGAGUCUCCUAACAUGCAGAACUCCAGUAAGCGACAGUUCGAGUUUGAGCUUGUCAUGGGGGACAGAUAAGCUUUCCUUGGUGUGCAUGUCAUUACCGCAUUACCAUACAGUCAAAAGAGAGCGCUGAUCGAAGCCACCCGCCAGGUGGAUUUUUAGCGUUCGUGACAGCCGACAGUUUCUCAAAUCAGUAGGAGAAGCGUAAGGAUUCCUGCCAUGCAAUCUCUCUGAGAGGAUAAAGGAAGCCUAGAAAAUCUACACCCACCCACAGGCAGGAGACGGGGAGAGAGAGAAAAAGAAAGAGAGGGAGAGAGAGAAAGAGAGAGAGCAGGGGGUGAAGGAAAGAGACAGGGAUAACAGUCGAUGGAUGCAGCCUGGACGUUCUGGUCAGUACAAUCUUCUGUGACAAGGACCAGAGUGCUGCAAGGAUGGACGGGAAGGGAAGACACAUUCCUCCAGCCAUGGUGUGGUGUGAGCGGGGAAUUCAGGUGCUUCUCACCACUGUGGGAGCAUUCGCAGCCUUCGCCUUGAUGACCGUGGCCAUUGGCACGGACUACUGGCUGUAUGCUCGGGCCUUUAUCUGCAACAGUACUGCCAACUCCUCUCAGGAUGACCCUCAUAACAAGGACAAGAAGGAUCCGGGAGCCCUCACCCACUCCGGCCUCUGGAGGAUUUGCUGCCUGGAAGGAUUGAAAAGAGGAGUGUGUUCCCAGAUUAAUCAUUUCCCAGAAGAUGCUGAUUAUGACCAGGAUGCUGCCGAAUACCUUUUACGUGUAGUCAGGGCCUCCAGUAUAUUUCCAAUCCUCAGUGCCAUAUUAUUGCUGCUAGGUGGAGUGUGUGUGGCAUCAAGUCGGUUCUAUAAGACCAAAAGACACAUCAUUUUGGGAGCGGGCAUUUUGUUUGUCGUGGCAGGCCUGAGCAACAUCAUUGGCGUCAUUGUAUAUAUCUCAGCAGCGCUCAGCGACAUCUCUCCCAAAAAGGAUGAAGACAAAAAAUGGCACUACUCCUACGGCUGGUCGUUCUACUUCGGCGGCCUGUCAUUCAUCCUGGCGGAGGUGGUGGGCGUUCUGGCUGUCAACAUAUACAUUGAGCGCAACAAAGAACUGCGCUGCCGUUCACGCACCGACCUCUUCCGCAGCACGACCUCCGCUGUGCUGCGACUGCCGGGAUACCGCUUCCGCCGGCGCUCAUCGCGCUCCAGCUCGCGCUCCACGGCAGAGCCGACCCGCUCCCGUGAGCAGUCCCCAACCUCAGGCAUGGAUCCCAAGAACUUCGGUCCGCCCCUGGCUGCCGGCCCGCCGCCGUUUUCGGUAGCCACGCUGCCCAAUCCGCACACUCACUCCGGAGGAGGGAUGGGGGACAUUUCGAUGUACACGCUGGGUAGGGAAGGUAAGCCGCCCAUGUACGGCACAGUCGACCGUGCCACGCUCUACCAGCUCCACAAUUACUUUCCAACAAAGGAGGGAGGUGGAGGAGCGCUCAUGACGGGUACGCUCCCUUCCCUCUCCAAGUCUAACCUGGCUGCGUCGGCCAACGCGACCCUCAAUACGUCGUCUUCCUCCGGCCCCCAGCAAGCGCCCCUGUCGGCUGGAUCCUCCGCAAACAUGGAGAGGGAUCGAGGGAUGGGAACCUUGGAUCGACUGGGCAAAGGAGACAGCUCAAAUACUAACACUCUCAACAGGAGAACAACACCUGUGUAAUGACAAGAGGGUCGGGAAGAGAUUGAAAGAUUUUGUGAACUGCGAGUAAUGGGAGGUGGAGGUAAGGUAGAGAAUUAAAAAGCAACAGCGAGAAAGGGCUGAGAAACAAGCGACAUCUACUUUCAAGAUGAAACAUGAAGGCAAUACAUCCUCUUUUUCCCUCCAUUUCUGUUUUCGAACACGGUGACUCAAGUAACAGAAUUCCAUCCGCACUUCUUAUUGAUUCAUGUUGAAAUACUCGAUGUGUGUGAUGGUGAUCUUUGGUUCUUCAAACUCUUUCAAUUCCAGUGCUUUAUCAUCAGGUUAUGCCUGUAACUUAUUUAGCAUUCCAAUAUAGUUGUCGUUUUUUAUUAUUAUGGUAUAGUUGUUAUUGCUCCGUUAACUUAUACAGUAUUUUUACCGAGGUGUUAUUUUUUUGCACAAUUAUCCAUUUAACUUAUUUCCUUUGAUAAACUCAAACUGUGAUUUUUUCUUGCACAUGUUGACACUAUAUUUUACGAUGUCAUUCAGUGUCAAGCAUGUGUUUAUUUGCGAGAGUGUGACUUUUUUUAGUUUUUACAAAGAUUGAUAUUUAGACCUGUGUUUAGACUUUUUCAUUGUAAUCUUAAGUGUAGACGUAGUAAAGUCUUCAUAUGAAUAUAUAUUUGAUUUCUCAUUUAACAGUCUUAAUAUUGUUAUGAUGGAAUAAUGUUUAUAAUGAACUACUGUUGUAGGACUGGAAGUAAAAAAGAGAAAAGAGAGACAGAACAACAUAGAAGUGAAAGGCAUUCAUUUCAGGGGAGCAAUAUCUAUACCUUAAAAACCUCACAGAAAAGACAAAAAAAUCUAUUAAAUAUAUAGGAUAUUAUAAAUAUAUAUAUAUUUGCGUGUGUGUGUGGAACAACCUUUUGGGUAAAAUAAAAUAUGAUAUAUUCUA